AUGGCUACUUCAUCCGAAGGGCAAGACACCGGCUAUCCAGCUCCGCCCGGCCAAUUUCCCACUGGCUACCCUGCCGCAGCACCGCUGCCCAACAUCCUUGACCGCAUCAUCUCGAUCGUCGCCGUCAUCGCCGUCGUCGGCGGGUUCUUCUUCUUUAUCAUCUGGUUCAACAUCGGCAGUUUCACCUUCCCUGAGUUCCGGGUCGAAUCCGCCGCCGUCUCCCCGCUCAACGCGACUAGCUCCGAGCUCACCGCCACGUGGAACUUUACCCUCCUCGCCACCAACCCCAGCCGCAAGGUCACCGUCUUCUUCGACAGCCCCGCGGCCUCGCUCAUAUACAACGAGGGAUUUCCGCUCACCAUGAAUGGGGUGCCUGACUUCGUCGUACCCAAGAGCAACCAGACGCGCGUCAACAUUAAGCUCGCGAUGGUGGGGGAGUACGUCGGCGACCAGGUGGCGAGGGGAAUCGCCGACGGGAAAGAUCGCGGGACGGUGAGGUUCACAGUUGGGGUGACGGCGCAGGUUCGGUUUGAGCCUCAAAUGUAUCAACGGAGAGGGCUGUCAUUGCUGGUCUUCUGCGAUCGCGUCGAGUUCACCGGGUUUGCCCAAAAUAAUGGGACCGGGACUCUGACGGGUGAGUCAAGUCCGUGCAAAGUUAAGUAUGACGAUUAA